UUCAGACAAUUCAGUAGUAAGGUAAAAUGUUCUACUAUGAGUGGAAAUGAAAUUAAUGAACCUGGUAUCCAUUAGGAGUAUUGAGAACCAGAUAAAGACUUUUCUAGUUUAAGACAUCCUAAAUAAUAUUUUGUGGAUCCAGACACAUGUUCUGAUCUCAAUGACUGCUCAGCUUCACCCUCAGUCCUCCAGAGCUUUAAGGAUUCUCAGAGUUUUAAGCUUUAAGAACCAAAGGAUGUGGGGCAUAGAGUUUGUAUUUCUUUUUACUUGUGGAAUMAACCUAAGACGUGCUCACUUUCAUGGAGUGCCUUUGCCUGCACGGCUGUGACGUGACAUCAAGAACCCGAGCCCUGGGCAUGUUUCAGGCAGCAGCAGCCAGCCUUACAUUAGAGCUGUUACUGACCAUAACUUCAGCUGAAACCAAGAGGAAAUGAGUUGUCUCCGUGCUUGCUUCAGAGACAAGAGCGCUCGCAGAGAGACAGCAGCAAUGAACAGGCAGAACUCUGCUCAAGAGCAUGAGGUGAUUCAGUUACAAGAAGAAAAUGAGAAGGAAAGAGAGGCUGAUCAUAACAAGCCUCGAAAUGCUCAGAGGAGAAAGGAGAGAGAGCACUGGGAAUCAUGCAGGAAUGUAGUUUUCUGGAAGUGUAAACUAUGGAUGGUUAUAACCACGAUAUUUCUAGUGAUCUUCCUGGUUAUUCUCAUCAGCCUAAUUCUUUAUUCRAAUGUUUACACAGAUGAGGAUGACUACUGGGAUCCUGAUGAACUACUAAAUAGUGGAAAUUUUCACAAUUUUUCAGGAACAUUGGAGUUAAUGUGUGGCCUCCCACACUUUUUCUCCAAGGACAUUACUAAGAGGCUAACAGAGGUCUACAGCUCMUCUCCAGCUUUAGGACGUUACUUUAGGUCAGCUCAGGUGGUUUCUUUCAGUAAUGAAAGCUCCACUGUAAUUUAUCAGCUAGUGUUUUCUGUACCACCAUCAACAGAGGGAUUUAUGGAAAACACUAUGAACCCAGAUUUUAUAAGGAAUAUUUUACGUCAAAAUAUUUAUGAUGAAGAUACUCUGGAUCCUGGGACAGCUGAAUGUGACAGGUUAAAGCUUGACCCGACUUCUCUCACAUAGAAAUGAUGGGAAGAUUCCUCGUCUUCAUCACAUCCAGAAAAGAUGGGAUUCCCCAUCUAUUAAUCCCAGGGCAGAGAUUCAUUAGGUAGAAACACUUCUAAAAUUGUUGCCCUAUAAAUACUGCCUGUGAUGCAAUAUUGYAAAUGGAAGAUGUGGUAUAUUUAUGACAAUGUUGUACAGCUAUGACACCACUACCACCUCCUUUAUUUUUGUUCUGGUAUCUCAAUAAUCCAUUUCAGCCUUGAGAAAAUCAUGUACUUGAUGCAUGCUCUGUUUUGUCUUGCCUUAGGAUUAAAUCUGAAUGCUCUCCACAAGCUUUAAAAGCAGUCUUGCACAUGGYUCCUUUCUUCUUCUCUUGGCUUAUCCAAAAUUAUCUGCGCAGCUUCAUCCUUAAUGCUCACUUCCACCCAUACUCACGUCUGUUAUAUUUUUCCCUCCUAACUUCAUAUGCCCYGUUUCUUUGUUGCUCCUUCCUGGUAAAACAACCUGAAAAUCUAUAUAUAUCUAUAUAUAUCUAUAUGUGUGUGUGUGUCUUUGUGUAGAGAUAUAUAUAUAUGUAUAAACAUGUAUAUAUGUGUAUAUAUGUAUAUAGAUAGUAAUGUGUAUAUAUGUAUAUAUAUAGUAUGUGUGUGUAUAUAUGUAUAUAUAUAUAUUUGUAUUCUUUAAUGACAUGCAAGACCUUUGCACUAGCUUCUUAAGAAAGCUUCAACUCUCUUACUUUCCUUAUUCUUCCUACAGUCUCCCUGGAUAAGGUGCUCUUUGCUCUAUUUUUCUCUUCUUCAAUAUGAAAUACAAAAGAAGGAAGAAACAGCAUGAAGAGAUACAUCUUGUUCACUAACACACCUGAAUGUCACARGAAUCUUUCAGGGGUCGAAUUAGCAGUGUGCUUGAAUAAUUAGCUACUGCUGCUAGKGAAUAGACAGAUACUUGACCCAUACUCAUAAAUCUGAAGACUAGUCCAUACCCUUAAUUUAUAUAUAUUAUUAAUAAUUAUAUUACAAUUAUAUCUAUCUCCUGCCCAGUACUGGGAACAACAAUGAACAGAUCUAAGAUAUUUGCCUUAAUAAGGYAGUAAAUAGUAAAUUGUUGAUGAGAGACCAAAUGAGAUGAAUCAGUGCUAAGAGGAAGGUGCUGAAGAGGACCAUGUAGGCAAGCGUGGCUGUGAUAUAAAAAUUAAGCAUUAACUUUAUACAGAAUUGAAUGUAUUCACUACCAUGUUAGUGAAGKAUAUCUUGUCAUUUAUAUAUUGCCUUAUAAAUGUUAGUACUGUUGGACAGACACAUUUGUUUUAACAAACAUUUUGUAUUGUAAGAUAUGUCAGAAAAUUGUUUUUCUCUUUUUCUAAAGUUACUAGUUUAUUUAAUGAGUAAUCUGACAAUAUUAUUGCACAUUAAAUUAUUUAU